GCAGUCAGGAUGGGAGGGCGGGAUUCGUGACCCGACGCCGAGAGAGAGGACGGCCGAGCGGGAAUCAACAGUAGUCUCCCUUGAAGAACUGCUUCCUUGAAGAAUUUGCUGCCUGGAGUUAACAUUGUUUCCUGCUGGCAGAAUCAGGGACAUGCCAGCACUGUAAGGCUUAAUCUCCUGAUCCUCUUACCAGUUCUUGGCCAGGGUAGGGGAACCGGGAAGAAAGAGAGUCCUUGGUUUGCUCCUGCUUCUCUUUAGGCAUGCCAAGUCAUAGUGCAGCUUCCUUUUCCUAUUGGUUCUUUCCAUAGCCUCGUUUCUCUUUCCUCUUGUACCCUUGUAGUUCCCUCUCGUUGUCUAGUUCCCUAUACCCCAUCCCUACCCACUGUAAGGGUGCUGGCUUCUAAGCUGAUGGGGUACCCACUCCUGCAGAGCGGGAUGAGUGGGUGUUCCGGCGGGGAUGUGGUCAUUGACGGCCAAUGAGGACGAGAGCACUACAGCCCACUUCUUCCUCGGAGCUGGAGAUGAGGGCUUGGGCACCUGUGGAAUAGACAUGAGGAUGGAAGAGAGUGACAGUGAGCUCCUUGAGGACGAGGAGGAUGAAGUGCCUCCAGAACCUCAAAUUAUUGUUGGCAUCUGUGCCAUGACCAAGAAAUCUAAGUCCAAGCCAAUGACCCAAAUCCUAGAGCGACUCUGCAGGUUUGACUACCUGACUGUUGUCAUCCUGGGAGAAGAUGUCAUCCUCAACGAACCUGUGGAGAACUGGCCAUCCUGCCACUGUCUCAUUUCCUUCCACUCCAAAGGCUUUCCUCUGGACAAAGCUGUUGCUUACUCCAAGCUCCGAAAUCCCUUCCUUAUCAAUGAUCUGGCCAUGCAGUAUUACAUCCAAGAUAGGAGGGAGGUGUACCGGAUCCUGCAGGAGGAAGGUAUCGAUCUGCCAAGAUAUGCUGUACUCAACCGUGACCCCGCCUGUCCUGAGGAGUGCAACCUGAUAGAAGGUGAAGACCAGGUGGAGGUCAAUGGGGCUGUCUUUCCCAAGCCCUUUGUGGAGAAGCCAGUGAGUGCAGAGGACCACAAUGUUUACAUCUACUACCCCAGCUCUGCUGGAGGAGGAAGCCAGCGCCUCUUCCGUAAGAUUGGCAGCCGGAGCAGUGUCUACUCCCCCGAGAGCAGCGUCCGGAAGACAGGAUCGUACAUCUAUGAGGAGUUUAUGCCAACAGAUGGCACAGAUGUUAAGGUGUAUACAGUGGGGCCAGAUUAUGCCCAUGCUGAAGCGAGAAAGUCUCCAGCUUUGGAUGGGAAGGUGGAAAGAGACAGUGAGGGGAAAGAGGUUCGCUAUCCAGUCAUGUUGACCGCCAUGGAAAAACUGGUGGCCAGGAAGGUCUGCGUGGCUUUUAAGCAAACAGUUUGUGGAUUUGACCUUCUUCGUGCCAAUGGUCACUCCUUUGUGUGCGACGUCAAUGGCUUUAGCUUUGUCAAGAACUCGAUGAAAUAUUAUGAUGAUUGUGCCAAGAUUCUGGGGAACACCAUUAUGCGGGAACUUGCCCCACAGUUCCAGAUACCAUGGUCCAUCCCCACAGAAGCUGAGGACAUUCCCAUCGUCCCCACCACAUCUGGCACCAUGAUGGAGCUCCGCUGUGUCAUUGCGAUUAUCCGUCACGGAGAUCGCACUCCCAAGCAAAAGAUGAAGAUGGAGGUGACGCACCCAAGGUUUUUUGCUCUAUUUGAAAAACACGGUGGAUACAAGACGGGAAAGUUAAAACUGAAGCGGCCUGAGCAGCUCCAGGAGGUGCUGGACAUUACAAGGCUGCUGCUGACUGAACUGGAGAAAGAACCAGGCAUGGAGAUUGAGGAGAAGACCGGGAAACUGGAGCAGCUCAAGUCCGUGCUGGAGAUGUAUGGCCACUUCUCAGGUAUUAAUCGGAAGGUGCAGCUGACUUACUACCCCCACGGGGUGAAAGCUUCGAAUGAGGGCCAAGAUCCACAGAGAGAAGCCCUGGCACCAUCCCUCCUGCUGGUACUGAAGUGGGGUGGAGAGCUGACCCCUGAUGGCCGUGUUCAGGCCGAGGAGCUGGGGCGAGCCUUUCGCUGCAUGUACCCUGGAGGCCAGGGUGACUAUGCCGGCUUCCCUGGCUGCGGGCUGCUCCGUCUCCACAGCACUUUCCGUCAUGACCUCAAGAUCUACGCCUCGGACGAGGGGCGCGUCCAGAUGACUGCUGCCGCCUUUGCAAAGGGCCUCCUGGCUCUAGAAGGGGAGCUCACACCCAUUUUGGUGCAAAUGGUGAAGAGUGCCAACAUGAAUGGGCUGCUGGACAGCGACAGUGACUCUCUGAGCAGCUGCCAGCACCGCGUGAAGGCACGGCUGCACCACAUACUGCAGCAGGAUGCACCCUUUGGCCCCGAGGACUAUGACCAGCUGGCUCCCACUGGUAGUGCUUCUCUGCUCAACUCCAUGUCUAAAAUCCAGAAUCCUGUGAAAGUCUGUGAUCAGGUGUUCGCCCUGAUUGAAAACCUUACCCACCAGAUUCGGGAGCGGAUGCAGGACCCCAGCUCUGUAGACCUGCAACUCUACCACAGUGAGACUCUAGAGCUAAUGCUGCAGCGUUGGAGCAAACUGGAGCGUGACUUUCGACAAAAGAGCGGGCGGUAUGACAUCAGUAAGAUCCCUGAUAUCUACGACUGUGUCAAGUACGAUGUACAACACAAUGGAAGUCUGGGACUUCAAGGCACAGCCGAGUUGCUACAUCUUUCAAAAGCUCUGGCCGAUGUGGUCAUCCCCCAGGAGUAUGGGAUCAGUCGAGAGGAGAAAAUGGAAAUUGCUGUGGGCUUCUGUCUUCCACUCCUGCGGAAAAUCCUGCUUGACUUGCAGAGAACCCACGAGGAUGAGUCUGUCAACAAGCUGCAUCCCCUGUACUCCCGUGGGGUGCUCUCUCCAGGCCGCCAUGUUCGGACACGUCUCUACUUUACCAGUGAGAGUCACGUUCACUCCCUACUCAGUGUCUUCCGUUAUGGGGGGCUUCUGGAUGAGACCCAGGAUGCACAAUGGCAGCGAGCUUUGGCUUAUCUUAGUGCCAUCUCAGAGCUCAACUACAUGACCCAGAUUGUUAUCAUGCUCUAUGAGGACAACACUCGGGACCCCUUGUCAGAGGAGCGGUUCCAUGUGGAGCUGCAUUUCAGCCCUGGGGUGAAAGGUGUCGAAGAAGGCAGCGCCCCAGCUGGCUGUGGAUUCCGUCCAGCCUCUUCUGAGAACGAGGAGAUGAAAGCCGAUCAAGGCAGCAUAGAGAACCUAUGCCCGGGGAAGGCAGCAGAUGAACCAGACCGAGCAUUGCAGACCUCACCCCAGCCUGUUGAGGGCACUGGCCUCCCAAGGAGAUCACCCCUCAUUCGGAAUCGAAAAGCUGGCUCCAUGGAGGUCAUGAACAUGCAGUGCACGGGGAACCUGGACCUGAUCCCCUUGAGGGGACGGCGCCGCAGGAGGUCAGGAGACCUCCCCAGGCUUUCCCCAGCCAUCAGCCUACAGCCCCGGGCUGUGUCCACCACUCACCUGGCUUCCUGCACACAGGUGCUGUCUGAAACUUCAUCUUCGAGACCUGGUGGCUACCGGCUAUUUUCAUCUUCACGGCCACCAACCGAGAUGAAGCAGAGCGGCCUCGGCUCACAGUGCACAGGGCUGUUCAGCACCACAGUGCUGGGUGGCUCCUCCAGCGCUCCGAAUCUUCAGGACUACGCCCGCAGCCAUGGCAAAAAGCUCCCGCCUGCCAGUCUAAAGCACCGAGAUGAGCUCUUGUUUGUCCCGGCCGUAAAACGAUUUUCUGUGUCGUUUGCAAAGCAUCCGACUAACGAGCUGCUGGAUGACCAGCACCCUGUGGUCCGGUUGCUGCGCACUCUGUCCUCUGACUGCCCAAGGGGCUGGCCAGUCUCCUUGGAUGCCACGCUGGCACACCACCUGCACCAGUGCGCCUACCACCUGCGCCUCUUCCGGAACUGGCUGCGCUCAGGCCAGGAUGACCCCGAGUGCCUCUACGGAUUUGAAGGGUGCUCCAUGGUACCUACCAUCUACCCCCUGGAAACACUACAUAAUGCCCUUUCCUUGCGGCAAGUGAGUGAAUUCUUAACUAAAGUCUGCCAACGCCACACUGAUGCCCACGCACAGGCAUCUGCAGCCCUCUUUGACUCUAUGCACAACAACCAGGCCUCAGAGAGCCCGUUCUCCCCACCCCGUACUCUUCACUCGCCACCCCUGCAGCUCCGGCAGCGCUCUGAAAAGCCACCUUGGUACAGCAGUGGUCCUUCCAGUGCCGUGUCCAGUGCUGGCCCUUCCUCUCCCACUGCCGUGGAUGGAAACUCACAUUUUGGCUUCCGUGAUCAGUCCUCUGUAAAUACACAUAUGAGUGAAGAAAACCAAGGCCUUGGGUUGCUCCAGGGCACUCCUGGAGAUGGAACACAAGAGUUCCCUGUAGAAAGACAGCAAGAGCUCGUUGAGCCAAAUCAGCCCCCUCAAGAGCCACCUGUCGAGAUCAGCCCUCUAGGAGGUCAAGGUGUUGCCGAGGUCAGCCAGACGUGCCAGGAGGUCCCGGACAUCAGCCAGCUGUUCCUGAAGAACCAUGACACUGAUGCCAGCACACGUCAGCCAUGCCAGAAGGCCAGCCGGCUCUCUCAGAGAGUCUCUGAGGAAGUUUGCCAACUCUUUCAAGACAACCCUGAGGAGAGCAACCAGCUGGGCCAGGAGGUCCAUGCUUCCCCUGUGGGGGUUGGUCGCAUGGUCCAAGAAACCUUUAUGGAAAUUGGCAGGCCAACCCAAGAGAUCCCUGAAGAGAUCAGCCCACCAUGCCAAGAGUUCUCUCUGGAGGUUGGCGUGCUGGCUCAGGAGGUUCCUGCCAUCAUCACGUUGUCUCAAGACAUCCCUGAGGCUGACAAACCAUCCCAAGAGCUCGCUGAGGAGACUGGUCUGCAGGCUCAGGAGAUCUCUGAGGAGACUGAUCAGGACUCCAGGAUGGUCCCUGAGGUGGUUGAUGAGCUGCCUAGUGAGGCUAUCCCCCAAGGCCAGGGUCUGUCUAGUGAUGCAAACACUGAAAGCCAGUCCCUGGCCCAUGCCCAGCACUCAUCCCUUCCACCAGCAAUGUGUAAUUAGCUGCCUUCUCAUUCGGUGUCACUCUGCCAGCCAGAACCUCCCUGUUGGCUAACACACUAGCCAGAGCAAGGCCUGGGCUCACACCAGGGGUAUCUAAAGAAGUAGGCCUUCUGGCAUGAAACAUACUUCUGCCAGAGCUUAUGCCUGAGGAAGAGCCAGCUUAUGUUCGGAGCAGCUACCGGCUCUUCACUUAGCCAUGAGGUGGGAAACUGCAGGUUGUUCGAGGAAACACCACUUAACUGUUGAAGAUGCCAUGGAGGAGACAACAAAUAUAAAAUGCAAGGCAGCAGGCUCUCUACUUGUUGAAGGAAAUAUUCACAACUUCUUAAGGUACCCUCAGACCAUACGUGCAUUAAAGGAAGCUCUUGUCUUCACUAUCACAGGCAGGCCCAGGAUAGCCAUCUGAAAUGUCUGCAAAAUAGAGUUCUCUUCUCACAAACAUCUGUCACGGCCACUCAUGGUUUUAGACUGGGCUUAUGGAUGUUUCCAUAUAAUUGCCAAGUGCUCCCUCUACCCUAGUCCUGUUCCUCUGGAGAGUGACUCUAGAGAAAAAUAGAGUGACUGCUUAGAAUGCUCUGGGAGAUUUGGAUCCACCUAUGAAGCUAGGCCUCCUUUUGUCAAGAGGCUGUUGGGCUUAGAAGAUGCUGUAGUAGAGAUAAUCAAGUUCUAUUUUAAGCAAUUAGCAGAGAUCAAUGUUGUACAGACAUGAGCAAAGAUUUAAUAUAUAUAUAUAUUAUAUAUAUAUAUAUAUAUAAACAUAUAUAUUUCUGUAGUUUGCCAGGGACAGACUGGCCAAAGAUCAAACACUCCAGGGUCCCCAAGAGGUUUAUCCUUAUAUCAUGUGUCUUUAGAACCAUAUGUGAUUAUGAAGCUUUUCCCAAAGAUCACGGAUGGGAGUGGGUAUGGGUAAGGCCGCCAUUGGAGUCAGGGGCCAGAACAUGGCCAGUGCUCAAUAAACAGCAAAUAAUGAGAUUGCUGGAGUGGUGACGCCUUUGUGAACUCAAUAAUGAAUAUGUAAGCCAA